AAGAAAACAAAAGCUCAGAGCUCCCAAGUUUGAAUGUUGCUGCCAGAUUGAAGGCUCAAGUUUCAAGCUUCUAAGCUCAAGGACUUCGGCUCGCUGGCAGAAGAGUCGGAGGCGGAUCCCUUCUUGGCCGGCAAGAAGGAAGAAGAGGAGCGAGCGAGCGAGGGCUUCAUUGAUCGCUUCAGCUCGACGCCGGUGACACAUGUUCCGACGCCUGCUAACGCCGAGACCCCGCCGCAGCGCGGCCACCGGCCUCCUCGCUCUCACCGCCUUCUACGGCGGCGCGGCCCUUGCCUCUUCCUCUUCCUCCUCGGAUGGUCACUCCCAUCCCACCAAUGUAGCCGUUUCGAUCUCCGCUCCAUUGCGGCAGUUCCUGUCAUCGACUUCGGAGCUGUUCUUGCGAGACUUCACUCUUCCAUCUCUCUUCUCUAGCCCUGCCGGAGGCUUUUUUACACGGUAUUCUUCCACGAGCCCUCUGCCGGAUUCGAAUUCGUAUAGGGAACCGCUCGGGAAGAACCGGGAUGAUGCGCCGUGCUGCCCGGGAUGUUUGGGAAGGAACUCUAUCGCUGAGGCGGCUGCGGCAGCUGGUCCUGCUGUGGUGAACAUUUCUGUCGUCCAAGGUCUGUAUGGUCCAAUGUUCGGGAAGAGUAUCGGUUCCGGGACUAUCAUUGAUCCUGAUGGGACGAUUUUGACGUGUGCACAUUGUGUGGCAGACUUCCAUAGCAUGAGAAGGGUUUCCAAAGGAAAGGUUGGUGUGACUUUACAAGAUGGCCGUGAAUUUGAGGGCAUUGUGGUUAAUGCUGAUUUCCUUUCAGACAUUGCUGUAGUGAAGAUACAAUCUAAAACUCCACUUCCAGCAGCAAAACUUGGAUCAUCAUCUAAGCUUCGUCCAGGUGACUGGGUUAUUGCCUUGGGCUGCCCACUUUCUCUGCAAAAUACCAUCACAUCUGGCAUUGUAAGUUGUGUUGAUCGGAAAAGCAGUGACCUUGGUCUUGGUGGAGUUAGAAGGGAGUAUCUGCAAACAGAUUGUGCAAUUAAUGAGGGAAAUUCUGGGGGACCCCUUGUGAACCUUGAUGGCGAGGUUGUAGGUGUUAACAUCAUGAAAGUUGCCGCAGCUGAUGGAUUGAGUUUUGCUGUGCCUAUUGACUCGGUCACUAAAAUUGUUGAGCAAUUCAGAAAGAACGGAAGAGUAGUCCGACCAUGGCUUGGACUGAAGAUGCUCGAUCUUAAUGAAAUGAAAAUUGCACAAUUUAAGGAGAAAGAUGCUUCAUUUCCAGAUGUAGUGAAAGGUGUACUAGUGCCUGUGGUAACUCCAGGAUCCCCUGCUGACCGUGCAGGAUUUCGACCAGGUGAUGUAGUCGUUGAGUUUGAUGGUAAACCAGUUGGAGGCAUUAAAGAGAUCAUCGACAUCAUGGAGGAUCAGGUUGGGAAGCCUCUGAAAGUGCUAGUGAAACGAGCAAACAACAAGUCAGUCACUUUGACCGCAGUGCCCGAGGAAGCUGACGUCGACAGGUGACGUGUUCCUUGAAUACACCCUCGGACAGGCACAUGUCAUAUCAUAUAGAACAUGCAUGUUUAGCCAUGUUUGACGACUCCAGUUGAUGAAAAGAUUUAGCCAUGCUUAGCCACAUAUGUUGGUUUUUUGGAUUUAGCAUUGAACUUUGAAGCUAAGAAUGACAGAUAGCUAAGAACGUCAAUUUUUCAAAAUAGUUAUUUGAGUAUACUAAAUGUGCUCAUGUUCAGAUACAUGUUACACUAAAUCUGUAUAAAUUUUUGUCCCUUCUCU